GGAAGCCGGAGCUGGAGCCGGGCUCAGCCGUCUCCGAGCCCAUCCCCCCGCGCGGGGGACGUCCCGGGGCCGCCCCUCGAGCCGCUUCCCACCGCGCUCUGACCCAAGAGGCCCCCGCACCGCGAGUCGGCGCCGGGAGUGCCCCUGAGGCUCUCAGCUGCUGGGGUCCACCGGAGGCUGCACCAUGAAUGACCGAAACGGCCGGAGGAGGUCAGUGAAGAAGGGCAGUGAGGCCUUCGAGAUUUCCAUCCCGUUCGAUGAGACGCCCCACCUGGACCCACAGAUCUUUUACAGUCUGAGCCCUUCUCGGGGAAACUUCGAGGAGCCUCCGGAGGCUGCGUCCCCGACUGUGGCCCUGAUGAACGGUGUCAGGGCCCAGUUGCACAUGGCCCUGGAGAGGAACUCAUGGCUGCAGAAGCGCAUUGAGGAUCUGGAGGAGGAGAGGGACUUCUUGCGGUGUCAGCUGGACAAGUUCAUCUCCUCUGCCCGCAUGGAUGCAGAGGACCACGGCCGGGUGAAGCCUGGGCCCCGGCGGGUUGAGGGGGAUGGCCGAGGUGGGGCUGGGGGCGAGGCCUCAGACCUGGAGUCGGCCGCCUCCUCGCUCAGCGGGGCAUCUGAAGAAGGCAGUAACGUGGAGAGGAAGAGGCAGAAGCAGAAAGGAGGCACUGGGCGGCGGCGCUUCGGGAAGCCCAAGGCCCGGGAGAGGCAGCGGGUGAAGGACGCCGACGGUGUGCUUUGCCGCUACAAGAAGAUCCUGGGCACCUUCCAGAAGCUGAAGAGCAUGUCUCGGGCCUUCGAGCAUCACCGAGUGGACCGCAACACGGUGGCGCUGACCACGCCCAUUGCGGAGCUGCUCAUCGUGGCCCCAGAGAAGCUGGCGGAGGUGGGCGAGUUCGAUCCCUCCAAGGAGCGUCUACUGGAGUACUCGCGCCGCUGCUUCCUGGCCCUGGACGAUGAAACCCUCAAGAAGGUGCAGGCCCUCAAGAAGAGCAAGCUGCUGCUGCCCAUCACGUACCGCUUCAAGCGGUGAUCCCGCCCCGCCCGGCCCGGGACACGCCCUCAGUCCCUGCUUCCCUCAUCCCCGGCCCCCCGGCACCUGGCGUGUGCGUGAGCGGUGGACCCCCCUCCCCACGAGGCGACGGGGGUGGGGGGGUGGCCUGCUUCUGCGCGUGCCUCUCUCCACCCCUCCCCAGGUCCCCCGGGUACAGAUGUGCCCCCUGGCCGCCCACACUCCUAGCGUCCUCCCCGUCGUCCGCAUUCCUUGGGUUGGGGCGGGCCGUACUUAGCCUCGCUCCCGAGAACCAUUUUCCAGGGGCCGGUUUCCGCCCUUCCCUAAACAACGACCCUCCCUCCCACCCGAGCGGCACGGUCCCGCCCCCACCGGGCCCUCCCUCCCGGGGACACUGCGGGGCUGCGGGGCGAAGGCACUGCCGCCACACCGCGUCGCCGCCCCAGCCCUGGGGAGAGGGGCCCCACCUGCCCGCCCUGCAGGGGCUCCCCACCCGCGUUCCGGGACCGCCCGGAGUCCACGUGAC